AACUGUUGGCCAUAAUUUUCCAUACCACUGAAAAUGCCAGUAAAUUGUGAAUUUAAUUUAUCGCGUGCCGCUGCCGUUUAUUAUACUGGCGAGCAAAUUUCAGGCUCGCUCAUUGUGACAGUUGACGGAAAAAAACCUUUCCAAUUAGAGGGCGUAAGUAUCACUCUCCACGGAGUCUCAACGGUUCACUGGCGGGAAUCACUGCGAGGUCCCCCGGAAAUCGAGCAUAAUGAUAGUACCGGAAAGUUGGUGCGCGCCAAAGUGGAUUACAAGGGCAGCAAGGUUCACAUAAAUCAAACAAAGAGGUUGACUGAAGGUUUACUCCUACAACCUGGUGCUUUUCGAUUGGGGGACUUCGAGUUCCAGCUCCCUGAAAAUCUGCCAGCCACCUGCAGACUUCCCUUCGGCAACGUGGAGUAUUUGCUAAAGGCUGUCAUUGAAAGGAGGGGAAAAUAUAACAAGUGCUUUCAGCAGCGACUGGUGAUAAGAAAGAGUCUGGAAUUUAGCGAUCUACAACCGCAAUUUAAGGAAACAUCGAAUAUAAGUCUUACCCUUCCCCGAAGUAUUUUUGUUCCCGGGCAAAGUGUAUCUUAUGAGGUUACUUCUAAGGAUGGAGUUUUGGACUUUCUAACCCGGCUCUGUAAGAAAACCAGCUACACAAGUCAGGAACCUAGUAUAAAGACCAAAACAGUGAUAAAAAUUUUAUCAGAAUGUUCGGACCUAAAAGGUGACCUACGCCUGCCUCUGACAGCUCAUAUUAUGAGCCAUUCACAUCAACUGGAACCUAUAAGAAUCAGCUACUUUAUCGAGACAUUUAACAACUGCGAUGUUCCGAUUGAACUGCCCAUUUUCGUGGCCACAGCAGCACCGCCAGUCUUCUCCCCCAUUGAAUCCUCCCGACUUUGCUUCGUAAACUUGGCCUUGAGCCAGAGCGAGCUGUUUAGGCCAAUUAAUCAGUUUCUGGCCCACAGCUGUUCCCGGGAAACUGGCGCCUUGGCGCUGAACAAACAUUGUGAACGCAUCAAGUUACUAAAAGGCCCGAAGAGAAAACAGUCGUACGUGCAAUUAGCAUUGCAAUACUUGUAUAAGAAAGUACUACCCUGACACGUGCCGGGGUUGGAAUUUCAGUGUCAAGCUAUUGAUAUUUUAAGAAUUCGGUGGGACUUAACUUGAAAAGCGGUGAUGAAUAGUACUCCAAGCAACUGGAAUAGAGGGUGUUACUUUUAAACUGCACAUAAAAUAAUUGUUAUAUAUUACGGAAUUUUUA